AUGUUGCUCGCCGCUCUAAUUUUUGCCGGCACGGCCUCAGUAGCCUCUGGCGAACCCCUUGGUGACGGCGGGCCUCCACCUGGUUCAGAGCCUCUUGAAUGGGGGUUCUAUGCUACUCAUGAGCAUAAAGACCCAGCCCAGCUUGAGGUCAGAGGCACCAUCCCCUCCUGGGUCACGGGUCAGCUUUACCGUACAGGUCCUGGCACCUGGGAUGUAGCCAACUUCACUGGCGACCACUGGUUGGAUGGCUUCAGUCGCAACCACCAGUUCCACAUCGAGAAUGGCACUGUUACCUACCGUAACCGCAACAGUACGGAUGAUUUGCUCGACUUUGUUCGUGAGCACGGGGUCUUCCCGAACGGUGCUUUCGCGACUGACCCAAGCAAGCUCGUGUUUGGCCAGUUUGAGACAACGUUCCGGGACGCUUCGCACUCCCUUGGCGAUGCCAGUUCUGCCAACGUCGGUGUCGCUUACGUUGGGAACUGGCCUGGUCUGGACAAAAACGCGACUGAGAACGGUUCCUACUAUGAUACGCUGGUUGUCACCACGGACAGGGUCGUGAUGCAGCAGAUCAACCCCGUCACGUUAGAACCGAUUGAGCUUUUCACAUACGAGGCUGGUGAUCCCCUGCUCGUUAACUCAGGCCGCUCUGCAACUCAUCCAGCACUGACGAGAGAUGGGAACGUGUAUAAUUACCACCUCGACCUGGAUGCCGACCCGCCUGUCUACCGAAUCUUCGGCAUUGAGAAGCCUGAGGGCAAGACCCGGAUCCUGGCUACCAUUGAUGAUGCGCCUGCGGCAUACAUUCACGCACUUUGGAACACGGACAACCAUGUCAUUCUCAUUGUGGUGCAGGCUGACAUAGUCAAGCCAUCUAAAGGCACCAUCCGAUCUACCUUGGGGGAUUGGAAGGAAGACCGCCCAGUCCUGUUCUAUGUAGUGGACAGACGCAACGGAGGAAUUGUCUCCAAGUACUUCAUUGACGAGACAUUCUUUGCUUUCCACCAAAUUAACUCGUUCGAGGACGAUAAUGGCGACAUUCUCAUCGAUCUUCCCCGCAUGGACGACUACUCUUUCCUCGAUACCUCCAUGCUCGAAACCCUGCGCAGCAAGACGAACACAACUGAAAAGUUCAAAGAGAUGGAGGGUGAAUUCACUCGCUAUCGUCUGCCCUUCGUCGGAAACGGCUCUCACUCAUCCAACGGUUCGCUGAUCACGCAUAAAGCCUCGAUUGACUUCUUCCUCCCAUUUGACGAGGCUAACCUUGAAAUGCCCCGCAUCAACGAGGCACUGAAUGGGAGGCCGUACCGUUACGCCUAUGGCCUUCACACAGUGCACAAGGGAAAUAUGAUGGACUCCAUCAUCAAGAUCGAUACCCACGAGAAGACAUGGAAAGUCUGGGAGCCAGCUGUCCCCAUUCUCCCCUCCGAGCCCAUCUUCAUUCCAAACCCCGAAAGCACCAUCGAGGACGACGGUGUGUUGGCCUUUAUCGUUUUGGAUUCUGAGAAGAAGACCAGCGCUGUGGUCUUCCUCGACGCCAACAGCAUGGAGGAGAUUGCGAGGGCCUAUGCGCCAAUUCCCAUGGGCUAUGGCUAUCACGGAAUCUGGGCUGGGCCCCAGGCCAAGAUAUAA